AUGAUCAUCAAUGCUGAAGUGAGCCUCAGCGCUGUAGUUCAAGAUUCCAGUCCCUUUGUGCUUUAUGGAAUAAUGCUUCACACAGAAUUUUCCAGUCAAAUUUUAAUAAAAAGAUAUACAGAUUUUCUCCGAUUUCACGAAAAAUUGUGCUGCUUUUCCCAUGUCCAGCUUUCAAGUGGUGGGAAAUUACUUGACAGAAUCCCAAAACUCCCAGGCCAAAACUUUUUUACGAAAUCAACCUCAGAAAAGGUAAUCCAAGAAAGGACAAAGGAUUUAACUUCAUACGUGAAAUUUUUGAUAAAAAUUAUUCAAAACAUCCAUAAUUAUGAAAAUAAGCCAUGAGCUUACAUGAUAAGGCAGUUUCUUAAUCUCCCAAAUAUUGAAGCAAAGGAAAAUGAAUCCGCAAGCAAAGUCCAGAAACUGUAUAGAAAAUAUAUUGAAGGUGUCAAUAAAAGGAGGUUAUUGAAAAUCGAAUAUCAGAAUAAAGGAUAUACAAGCUCAAUUGAGCAAUUGCCGGACUCACUCAUAAUUUAUAUUUUCAGCUUUUUAGGGAUAUCGUCAUUAUUCCAAGCAGCUUUGGUAUCUAAAAAGUGGGAAACCAUCUCAAGAGCUCCAAUUUUGUGAACAAAAAUCGACCUUUUUAUAAACAAAAUAUCAUUAAGCACAACCACUCUGGAAAAAUACUGCAAGAGCUCUAUGCUGCAAACGAUUGAUUUUCGAUUUAAUCUUCAGAUCAGUUCUGAUGCAGCCUCUAUAAUAGCUCAAACUUGUAAUCCUUUAUCCCUUAAAGCAGCACUAUUUGAUGGUUGUCAAAGAUUUGAUGAUUAUGCUUUAGCAAUGCUUGCAGAAAGAUUUUGCAGUGCUCUUAAAAUCGAGAUUUCAGAGUCAGACUUAAAAGGAGGAUCCCGAGGUUUGCAAAUAUUAAGUUUGGCUGAAUGCAGGAAUAUUAGCGACAAAUCUAUGGCUUAUAUAGGGAAGCUAAAGAGGCUUGAAAAUUUGAAUAUGAGAGGCUGCAAUAUUACAGAUGAUGGUGUCACUUUAUUAUUAGAUAAAAUUAAAGCGCUUAAAUCGAUAGAUUUCUCAGGCACUUCUGUAGGUAUUGGAAGCUGGAAGUUGUUAAAGGAAAGCCAUAUCAAAAAUAUGGUUUUAAACCAUUCUAAUGAAAUACAAAAAGACAUCCCUUUUUUAAAAAAUACUUCAGUUCAAUUAAUUGAUGAAAAUUUCGAAUAUGAGCUUAUAGCUGUUUACCCUUUGACCCAAAUCCCAACAUCCCGCCCAUUCAAAGCCAGAAGCUCUUUUACAAUCCAAAGGCUAAUUUACAUGAUCCAAAGUAGCAUAGACCUUAAAUCUAAUCAAUCCAUACAAGUAUUAUGUGGAUGUACAGUUUUAAAGCCUCAUUAUACACUUCAGCAGGUCCAAGCUGAGCUCUGGGAUUCUUCUACCUUGAUUUUACAGUAUCGGCUAAAGUCAAAAAUUACUCAUCGUCCAACUAACUCUUGGGCGAAUCUUCCUGAAUGGACUCCUGACAACUACACCCAAACCUGCAUGGGCUGUGGAAGCACCUUUGGUCUUUUCUUACGAAAACACCACUGUCGCAACUGCGGGAAAGUUUUCUGCAAUGACUGCAGCAACUACCGUACGCUGAUCCCUUUAUCUGGGUUUACGCGCAGCCCUGUAAGAGUAUGUCAGUCAUGCUUUAUUAAAAUAAAACAUUAG